AUGGCUGCCAAGUACCAUGUCAGAUCAAUCAGCUUGCCUUCAAGGUCUCACCCAACAACUGUUAGAGUUGAAGAAGAGCUCAGCAGGCUCCAAUCAUGGGAGUCAAUUUCAUCUGCUUCAACAUCAGACUCAAUCUGCGGAGGUCUAUCUGGUCUUGAAGAGCUGUAUGAUUGUGUUGAUGAUCUUCUCCAAAUGGCAUCAACCCAACAGCUACUCUCUCAACACCAACAAGAGAAAUGCAUGGAUGAGUUGUUGGAUGGAUCAGUGAAGCUUCUAGACAUAUGUGGGAUCACAAGGGAUUUCAUGUUACAAGUCAAAGAACAUGUCUUUGCUCUUCAGUCUGCUCUUAGGAGAAGAAAGGGAGACUCAAGCAUUGAAACUAGCAUUGCCAACUACGCUAGCUUCAGCAAGAAAAUGAAGAAGGAUGCCAAGAAAUUGAUCUCACAGUUGAAACAAGCAGACAUCAAGAUUGGGUCGUCACAACUUCUAGAGCAAGAUCAGCAUCUCGCCGCAGUGAUUAGGGUUCUUCGACAAGUUUGUGCAAAGAACAUGUCCAUCUUCCAAUCCCUCUUGGUGUUCUUGGCUGUUCCAGUUUCCAAGUCAAACAAGUGGUCUUUGGUAUCAAAGUUGAUGCACAAAGGAGUCGUAGCAUGUGAAUCUCAGGCAGACAUUAAAGGGCAUGAGUUGGAUGGUGUGAAUUCUGCUCUAUCCUCACUAUGCAAAUCUUCUGAAGUUGAGAAGAUUCAAAUUGCACAUAAAAAAUUGGAGGCUUUGGAAGUCUGCAUUGAAGGUCUUGAGAGUGGUUUGGAAAGCGUAUUUAGGCGCUUGAUCAAAACAAGAGCUUCUCUAUUGAACAUAAUCUCACAAUGA